AUGAGUAUAAGUAAUGAAGAGCUUGAUUUAACAAAUAUGUUAACUAUUUUUAAUGAGGAGGAAGAGAAUAGAGUCGAUGUAGAUGAAGAAUUAUUACGGCUAAUGGAGGAGAGUUUAUAUAAAGUAUUAGACUAUUAUUGGGAUGCACUUCUUGAUUGUUUUUUAAUUGCAAUAUUACUUGAUCCACGUUGUAAGUCAAUGAAAAAAUUAGAUAGUUGGGAACAUAAUAAGGCUAUUGAUCUUUUGCGAGAAAAAUAUGAUUUACUUAGCAUUAGAAAUAAAACACCAUUAUGUAUUGAAAAUAGAGACCAACUAGCUUCUACUAAGCAUGAUCUUCUACUUAGAUAA